AUGGACUGGUUAUUUGUCAAUGACAUUCUUAUUGAUUGUAGUAAGAAGAAGUUGUUGUUUGCCAGCUCCAAGGAGUUAGAGUUGUUGUCGUCCAAACAAUUGUUGAAGGAAGACAGAGAAAAGUCUAAAUGUUUCAUCAUCUUAACUCACUUGGAUGUUGAGAAGGGUGAUGGAGGUGUGGAUAUACCAAUUAUGAAGGAGUUUGGAGAUGUUUUCUUGAUGAAGUACAAGGGUUGCCUCUUAAAGGAGAAGUGGAGUUCUCAAUUGACCUGGUAUCUUCUGUCAAGGAUAAAUGAUUUGAUGGAUCUGUUGCAUGGAGUUAUGGUGAUUUCAAAGAUAGACCUGAGACCGUGGUACCAUCAGAUUCUUGUCAAGGUUGAAAUGUUUAGAACAACAUUCUUGGCCAAUGCCUCACAUUCCAGAAAGAAGAUUGUGCCAGCUUUGUUCGUUUUUGGUGAUUCAACUGUAGAUGCUGGAAACAACAACAAUGUUAACACACUUGCCAAGGCAAAUGCAUUUCCAUAUGGCAUUGACUUCAAUAAUUGUUCCACAGACAGGUUUAGCAAUGGCAAAACCUUUGCUGACCUUAUUACUAUUAGGUUGGGAUUGCCAAUGCCACCUCCAUACCUAGGUGUGCCCAAAACUGAGAGACAUCACAUAGUCACAGGAAUUAACUAUGCAUCAGCCGCAUGUGGGAUCUUGAAUUCAACUAGAGUAGGUGAAUGCUUGUCAUUGGACAAACAAAUUGAAUACUUCACCUCAACUGUGGCCAACGAUCUUCAAGGAAUCAUACACAGCAAAACGAAACUAAGACAUUACUUAUCCAAAUCCAUAUAUCUUCUUUCAAUUGGAUCAAAUGAUUACAUGUGGAAUUAUUUCAGGUACCCAAAUGGAACCAAUAAUAAUCUUAAUCCAGAAAAAUAUGCUGAUUACCUACUUGACCAAUUGGCUUCACGUAUCAACAGAAUUUAUGAAUUAGGAGCUCGGAAGUUUGUGAUAAGUAGAAUUGGUUUAAUUGGGUGCACCCCUUCAAAUGUUAUAAGGACACCAUAUUCCCAACAUUGCAAUGAUGAUAUGAAUCAAGAGGUUAAACCCUACUCAGACAAACUCCCUACGAAGCUACAAGAGUUGCAAAACAUGCUCUCACAUUCACUAUUCAUUAAUGUGGACACUUAUAACUUCUUCCAGAAAAUAAGAAAUUCUCCUGAUAAUUUUGGGUUCAAAAAUUAUUUUGACUCAUGUGUCCAAGGAGAAAAACCUUGUGCAAAUCGGAAUGAAUAUUAUUUUUUUGACUUUGCUCACCCUACUGAAGCUGCAAAUAAAAUAUUUGCGAAUGAGUGCUUUAAUGGAACUCAAUUAUGUUUUCCUCACAAUAUUGAAAAAUUGAUUCAUGCGCAUUAA